AUGGCUAUGAUUUCUUCAGCCUCGUUCCUCACUACAUUCGUUGCUCAAAGCGCUGCCACCAAUUUUACUUCAUAUACAAACGCUACGAAUGCUACUAGUGAUGCGCUGCGCGUUGUGUGCGCCUGGCCGGUAUCAGGCCAAUAUGGGCCAGGCUCACGAGUCCUCUAUUACUGCCUUGUAGCCGCCUGCGUGCUGGCAAGAAAGAUGGAAUGGUUGAAGAACGCCUGCUUAGCCGCUGCGUUGCUGUUCCCUGCCGUCGCCGCCAUCCACGGCAUCGUUCUCGCGGCUAUGCACAUCGACGGCGCUGUCGACAUGGAUGUGUUCGGCGCUUUUCAGUUAUGCUCCAUCGGCAUCUUGGCCGCUCCGGUAACAGUCAAGCUCUCUCGAACCUACUUCUAUGAUCCCGGCCGCAAUACCAUAUUUUUGUGGACCGGUCUUGUUCUGGCUGGCCUGUUGAGCUUAACGGUCGAGUUCUAUCGGAGCACGUCGCACAAAUGCUUCACCGACGAUUCAGGCAAACACGUUCUUCAGACUGCGAGCAACUUUACCUACGGUGACUCUUGCGGCCUCGUUUGCACUGUCGAUGAUGGCCCCUUCUCUCCGUUACGAAACGGCUCAGCCAACAACAUCUACGUAAUCCCCUCGCCGGACAAGUUUACCUUCAACACCGCUACUCUCCUCGCAGCAGCAUGCUGCAUCCCAGCCAUUCUUUCCCUUGUAUCUAUGUGGAACAGGAUCGUCGAAAUUAAUUGGAAGAAGCUCCGCGCUGUUGAAAACCAAGAUGAGGGAAUCGACCGAGUCAUUGAGGGAACCAACGGCGCCACCGAGAGGCGCAUGAUGGGUGUCAACAGCGUCAUCAGAAAGGUUCUCAACGGAGUCGAAAUUCCCAUAUUCAGUGCUGCUGUCCUUGCUAUCCUCAUCAUUGGCGAAAGGAACUUCUUCAGCCCUCAAGUUCGAUAUCAAACGGAGCCCAUCGCUGCUAUCGGCCAAUGGGCUCCGAUUGCUGGUACUGUGAUGGCGGCACUCGGGUCACUGCUUCUGCUGACUGUCAACGGGGACGUCGUGAAAAAGCAAAAGGUUCAAGAGUCUGGAACACAUCACUGCAACUGUUCACAUGGCCAUCACGGCGAGGGGCUUCUACGACAACCGACUUUGCAGCUUCCACCGAGCGAUGACCACCUACCAAGCAGCAGAGGCGCUGACAGCAACGAUAGCGACGUAGUCAAGGAACCUGAGCGAGUCGAUGCGGGCAAUAGGAAGAAAGUCGCCAACAUGCUGACUUCCAUCGGCAACUACUUCGGCACCGCAGCGCACGACGACGUUUCCGAAUUCAAGCGUGGCCGAGCUGUCGACUUCCCCGAGAUCCCCGGCGAGGAGCACCGGAACCCUGCGCUGGCCCAGAUCAGGGAGUCGUACAAUCCUCGCCGCGAUGCAGAAGGGAACCUCACUCCUUCCCUCCGGAAACAGAAUUCGAGAGGCAGCUUCAUGACUAUGGGGUCUGGUUCUGGCCUGGGUAUUGAAGGCGUUGCACUUGAAGGCAGCUCGACUAACACCCCGUCCCUCGAGAUGCAGCAUCUGGCCACAGUUUCCACUGCUGAGUCAAGCGGGAUCAAGCGACCACCAAAGCGACGCGAUACCCUCGAGGUACCGCCCGCAGUCCAUUACAGCCCUUCGCCGGGAAAUCAUCGACCCUCGUCUUCCGUUCCUUCCAUCGUUGGCUGA